GCGAGCGCGAUAUAAUCGUGUUAUCGCGCGGAUAGUUCAAGGCCAACGUUUAUAGAUAAGGUAAAAAUUAAUUUGCACCAAUGAACCAAGAUAAUGUACACCGUCCGCCAGCAGCAGCUGACGUCGUAUCUUAGCGCCCGACGUCGACGACGAUAUCGGCAUUCGGCCGUCCGCCCGUCGCGUCGUCGGAGGUUUCAGUAGGCGCCAGGCACUGGUCCGGUAUGCUCGUUCCGCGCUGCUGUUGAGUACGAUCGCAUUGCCGGCGAGGAUCUUCGUCGGUUUCACCUGCGUCGCGUCCGUGGUCCGACGACAUGAAGCAGCAAUUGGAAUUGGUGUCGGACAACCGCUGUUUCGACGGACAGCAAAAAGUCUACGCACACGACAGUGCUGUGUUAAAUUUCCGUAUGAAAUUUGCCAUUUAUAUACCAGACAAUUUGGAAGGACCUGCUCCAGUAUUAUAUCAUUUAAGUGGUAUGUCAUGUUCCGAACAAACUUUUAUACAGAAGACAGGAUAUCAACGAUGGGCAUCGCAUUAUGGAAUAAUUGUAGUAUCACCAGAUGUUUGUCCAAGGGUUACUUAUGGUGUUGAAAAGAAUGAAAUUGAAGCUAAAGGCUUGUCAUUUUAUGUAAACGCUGUUAAAAAACCGUGGAACAAAAAUUACCAAAUGUAUUCAUAUGUGAAUGAAGAGCUACCCAGUAUUAUUCAGGAGAAUUUUAAUAUCAACAAAGAUAGACAGUCAAUCAUGGGUCACAGUAUGGGUGGUCAUGGUGCAUUAAUAAGCGCACUUAAAAAUCCUGGCAAGUAUCGUUCAGUAUCAGCUUUUGCUCCUGUUUGUAAUCCAUCCAAAUCUCCUGAUAUACAAAUUAUAUUUAAGUGCUAUUUUGGAGAUGAUGAAAAAGCUAUUGAAGAAUGGGAUGCUACCUGUUUAGUAACUAAAUAUAAAGGACCAGAGUUAAAUAUCCUCAUACAUCAAGGAAACGAUGAUCAAUAUAAAGAACAAUUAAAAUUGCAGAAUUUUGCAAGUGCUUGUGAAAAGGCAGGGAUUGCCGUUUCCAUAAAUGUAGAAGAUAGAUUUGAUCAUGGAUUUUAUUUCAUUUCAAGUUUUAUAGAACAGCAUUUUCAUCACCAUUCUAAAUUUUUGUGUGAUUCUUAUAUGCGUGGUCCAUUAUUUUAUAUUAAUUCUAUGUUUUGGUGUGGAUAUCGGCUGUCCACGGUCUGCUCUUCAUCAGGUCUUCCAGCUCACGCAGUUAAGUUUGAGCAGCGGCAUACUCGACUGCACCAGGGCAAGCAUUUUCGACGUUUUUAUGGGUCACGUCAGUGUUCCGAUAAUAAAAAGCAGCAGUUGGAUUUAUUGUCGGAUAACCGAAGUUUUGGCGGACAGCAAAAGGUCUACGAACAUGACAGUGUUGUAUUAAAUUGCCGUAUGAGAUUUUCUGUGUAUAUACCAGAAAAUUUGGAAAGACCAGCACCAAUCUUAUAUUAUUUGAGUGGUAUGUUAUGUUCUGAACAAAGUUUUAUACAGAAGUCAGGGUUUCAACGAUGGGCAUCACAUUAUAGAAUAAUCGUAGUAUCACCGGAUAUUUGUCCAAGGGUUACUUAUGGUGUUGAAAAGAGUGAAAUUGAAGCUAAAGGUUUGUCAUAUUAUGUUAAUGCUAUUAAAAAACCGUGGAAUAAAAAUUACCAAAUGUAUUCAUAUGUGAAUGAAGAGCUACCCAGUAUUAUUCAGGAGAAUUUUAAUAUUGACAAAGCCAGGCAGUCAAUCAUGGGUCACAGUAUGGGUGGUCAUGGUGCAUUAAUAAGUGCACUUAAAAAUCCUGGCAAAUUCCGUUCAGUAUCAGCUUUUGCUCCUGUUUGUAAUCCAUCUCAGUCACCUGAUGAACGACAUUUAUUAAAUUGUUAUUUUGGAGAUGAUUCAAAAACAAUAGAAGAAUGGGAUUCUACUUGCUUAAUAACUAAAUAUAAAGGACCUGAGUUAAAUAUUCUCAUACAUCAAGGAAAAAAUGACCAAUAUGAAAUAGAUUUAAAAUUGGAAAAUUUUGCAAAUGCUUGUAAAAAAGCAGGGAUUGCAGCUUCAAUAAAUUUAGAAGAAGGUUAUGAUCAUGGAUUUUAUUUUAUUUCAAGUUUUAUGGAACAACAUUUUCAUCAUCAUUCUAAAUUUUUGUGUGACUCGUUUUAAUUUAUUAAAUUUAAUGUAUAGCUUAAGUUGGAUUAAACUCAUACGAAUAUAAUGAGCGGUGUGUCAAAAUAUAAGUUACCUACUUAAAUGAUCUAUCCAAAACUUAAUUUUGAUUUACUUGAUUAGAAAACGCAUGGACAAAUGGGUAAUAUUCAAUAAGUGAAUUGUAAUAAAUAAUAAUAGGGGAAAUUUGAAUGCAACUAUAAAUUAUUAUUAUAUUUAAAAACACAACUCUGGACUGAAAUUUGUAAAAAUUUUAUAAGGUAAUAUUUUUUCAAUAUUAUGCCAUCAAUGACUUCUUUAAAAGUUUUAGUUAGUUAUUUCUGACUGGUAGUUUUUCUUCAUGUCUAAGCAUAUUCUAAGAAACUUAAGAAUACUAAACAAUUACUUUUUAAAAAUGCUAUAAAUGUGAAAAUGUUUACAUUAUUGUUUUAUGUACUUUUACAAUAUAUCUAGAAAAAAUGUAUAAUUCUUAUUUUUAAAUUAAAAUAAUAACUUAAUUCCUUAUGAAGUAAUUGACAGUUGUAUAUCUUAAUAUUUAUAUGUAAGAAAGUUUGUUGAAAGUAUUUUGAUUGUUUUGAAAGAAACAUUACAAACUAUGUUUUUGUUCCUACAAUAUUGUAUUGAAAUAGGAUUGUUGGAGACUGGAGUUAGUUAUAUUUGAUAAUUGUUAACAUUGGGAUUGGUACUGGGUACCGUAUAUUUUAAAAGAAUAAAAUAGACCAAUAAAUUUAUAUGAGUAUUUAUAAAUUAUGUUAUUUGACUAUAAAAUAUAUAUUUCUAUUUACUGAUA